GUGGUCUCGUAGCUUAGGUUAUGUUUACUCCGGUGUGUUUUUUCACCAUAUACACGAAAAUUUGGAUUUUAAAAAUGCCAAAUUCAGAGCAGCUGGUUCACCAUGGACAGCCUGUCCAGCCACAGCUCCUACCUCCUCCAGCAGCUCCAGGAGCAACGGAUUCAGGGGCUUCUCUGUGACUGCAUGCUGGUGGUCAAAGGGGUUUGCUUUAAAGCCCACAAAAAUGUCCUGGCUGCAUUCAGCUCCUAUUUCAGGUCUUUGUUCCAAAAUCCUCCUAGUCAGAAGAGUGACGUGUUCAACUUAGCGACUCAGGAUGUCAGUGGCAUUGGUCAAAUACUGGACUACAUGUACACCUCCCAUAUCGACAUUAAUCAGGAUAAUGUACAAACGCUCCUGGACAUUGCCCAAAGUUUGCAGGUCCCAAAUGUGCAGAGCAUGUGCAAUGCAUUCCUCAAACCCUGCCCUCCACCUGUAGAGAUGCCUUCCUUUUCCCUCCCAGGCAUGCUUAGCUCAGAGCACGACUGCCUUUUGGGGACUAACCUGCCUCAUGAUGUUGACCUCAACUGUCCAUCUGAUCCUCAGAGGCCCAGCUUUUAUAGUGACAUGGAUCACGCAAGGAGGAUGCCAGUAACGGUGUCUAACAACAGCUCAGCAUGUGACUUACAAACCAGCUCCCAUGCACCUGCUGAGAAGCAGCUUGUUCAUGGUUACAAACUGCGUAAUUUCUACAGCAAGCAGUACUUUAAACAAAGUGCAAUUCAAUGUAACAGUUCAUCAUCAAAUCAAGGUCCAGGCCCUUUGGUAUUAGUGGAAGAGCAGCAAUGUCAGCUUGGAAUGAGCCAGAGUGGCAAUAACGCUCCAGUGAGCUUAGGAAACACAGUUCAGCCUAGCCCUCCUUGCACAGUGAUAACAGUGGAAAAAAAUGCUGUCUCUUCUUUGACGCCCACAAAUAAUUUAAACCCCCCUACCUGUGACCCAGCCAACUUCACAAUCAACAAGCCUGUACGACCCAAGAAGGCCGUUUACCUGAAAAAAUACAACUACCUUCGGUCACAGAAAGCUUUAGAGGAGAUGUGCACUGAGUCAGUCGCUGAGCCCAUCCUCAGCUGUCCCAAAGAGAGUCAUCAAGGGGAACCUGUUGCUCAGACUGAAGCUCCAGAUGAAUUUCCAGAAGCGCCCACAGGCAGCAGCCCUUUAGUAAGAGAGGAGAGUUCAGAGGCACCAGACGCCCAGCUUAUCAGUCCCCCCCCUGGAAACCAAGAGGAGCAAAAUGGGAAGCCUCAGCCAGAGCCUCCUCAGCAAGCAGGGCAUAAGCAGUACUGCUGUGAAGAGUGUGGGAAGAUCUUCAAACAUCCCAGCAACCUGGAGCUUCACAAGCGCUCUCACACUGGAGAGAAGCCAUAUCAGUGCAAUAUUUGUGGCAAAAACUUUUCUCAGGCAGGGAAUUUACAAACCCAUCUGCGGCGACAUUCUGGAGAGAAGCCGUUCAUAUGCGAGCUGUGUGGUAAAAGCUUCACUGCAUCAGGAGAUGUCCAACGUCACAAAGUGGUUCAUACAGGAGAGAAGCCACAUCUGUGCGAUAUCUGUGGCCGAGGGUUCAACAAUUUGAGUAAUCUCAAGGAGCACAAGAGGACUCAUGCAACAGAUAGGACAUUCACCUGUGACCAGUGUGGAAAGUCCUUUAACACACACAGAAAGCUGCUGAAGCACAAGGCCCGUCACACUGGAGAGAAACCCCACAGCUGUGCAACUUGUGGAAAGUGUUUUGUUGGCUCAGGAGACCUUCAGCGUCAUAUACGAUCACACACUGGUGAAAAACCCUAUGUCUGCGAUACCUGCGGAAAAAGCUUUACCCGCUCUGCCAUGCUGAGGAGACACAGCAAUAUGCACUGCAAGGGACCCCCUGUCUCAAGCCCAGACACAGUCAGCUCUAAGCAGACUCUAAACUCAAAUGAACCAGACUCAUUUAUUAAACCUAUCAGCCAGAACAAAACAUCAGCUGAAACAACUGAGCAGCACUUUUCUGCUAUGAUGCCUGACACAGACUUAGGAAAACCUUCUCCAUGUAGUCCUCCACAGACACAAGCAAUACAACCUAUAGAAACUCCAGGUCCUAGAAUGCAUCUUAGCCCAGCACUGACUCCCCUUCCGGAGCUGCGCUCCCUGGUUCCCCAUCACCUCCUUACCUCCAAUCACCAGGAGAGAAGCGUAGCUCUGCUUCCUGCAGACCGCAUAAAGCUGAAUAAACCGACUCAAGAGGCUGUGUACGGUCCAUAUGUGGAGAACGGGAAUACAUGCUUAGACAGAGACCCUGCAGGGAGACCCUACCUGCCCCCUUCAGACAAUCACUGCAGUUCAUUCACAGGAUCCAGCAGGCCUAACAGGUCCGGUGAAGGCCAGCUUAUCUCCAGUGUGACUCUGUGGGGCCUGGCAAUGAAAACGCUGCAGAAUGAGAAUGAUAAUGACAUGGAGCAGUAAAUUAUUACAUCUGCUUAACUAGGAAAUACUUAUACACAGUUGAAAGUAUGUCUGUUGUUUAAAAUUGGCUUAUUUACAUAAAUAGUCUCAAAGGAAAUGUGUAUACAUAAUACAGAUAACUGAAACUAAAAAAUAGGCUCUUCUAACUGAGUUAUAAAACUAAUAUCUCAGUGAUGUAUUUUAUCAAACAUAGAGAUGAUGAUUUUCUGGUAAUAAUCCGGUCUGAAUGAGGUAAUGGUGGUUUUUAGCCUGUGACAUUGGAUACCCACUAACCAUUAGGAUGUGUUCCAAACAUCCCCAGUGAUCUAUCAGCAUGAUGGCCUGUAACAAAGCAGAAUUGUUUAUCUUUUAUAUACAGCAUUGCACUUUAAUGUUACUGCUUAAAAACAAAAAAUGUAUUUUAAUUUUAUUUUGAAUUAUAUUCAGAUAACAAUAA